AUGUUUGUUAGAGCAGGAGUCUCUGGUAUAGUGUAUGACGCAAUUCUAUAUGGUGGACAGUAUACUUUUUCGGGAAGGGAUUUUAGUGAUUAUGAAAAUACCUUGGGAUUGGGUGCCAAAGUUGUCCUUUCUUUAUGUCGCACGAUAAGAGAUCCCGUACUAACUGUGGUAUACUUUGAUAACUAUUUUUCAAGCGUCGAGUUAAUGCACCAUCUACGAAACGAACUGGGUAUCUUGUCGAUUGGCACAUUUCGACAAAAUAGAACGAGAGGAUGUAUUCUGAAGGAUGACAAAGAAAUGAAGAAGAUGCCUCGAGGAUCGGUGGAUAUGAAAGUUUGUGAGGAAAAAAAAAUAGUUUUAGUGAAAUGGUUUGAUAAUAAAGGAGUUUUGCUAGGUAGUAACUACACCGGCGUUGAACCAAUGGGUGUAUGCAAACGAUAUUUCAAGGAUAAAAAAGAAUAUCGAGAGAUUCCUUGCCCAAACAUCGUAAAAGAAUACAACAAGCAUAUGGGCGGUGUAGACUUAGCCGAUAUGUUAGUGGCUAUUUACCGGACCAUCUACAAAACAAAUAAAUGGUAUAUGCCUAUUUUUUCUCAGCUGUUGGACGUGGCUAUAAAUAAUGCAUGGCUUUUGUACAGAAGGGAAUGUGGCCUCAAGACUGGCGUCGACGAUCAUAUUGCUUUGAAAGCAUUCCGUUUUAAAGUGGCACAAGAAAUGAGUUCAUAUAUUCCAAAAGCACUGGCUGAAAAUGUCGAGCCUCCGAAUCGAGUAAACCAACGCCGCAUAAUUAGCAGGCCUAUCGCAACUCGACCAGAAGCAGAAAGUCGAUAUGACGGUAAAGAGCACUUUCCUAAAAUCACAACAAAAGGCCGUUGUAGACUUCGUGUGAAAGGAAAAACUACUUUCUUGUGCAUAAAAUGUAACAUGCGUCUAUGUAUUCAACAAAAUCGCAAUUGUUUUUAUACUUUUCAUCAAAAAGAACAAGAAACAUAG